AAUGAGAACGCAUUACAAAGUAAAAGGACGGAAAGAGAUAGUGAAAGGAGAGUUCAAAUGAGACAUAUAGUGAGAUGAGAUACAUCCAAACAGACACAACAGAAGUUGAAAGAGGACGCAGAAGCAAGUCACAUUUUUUUAAGCCACCUGAAAACGUGAUUGAUGUGGAAGUGAGUGUAGUGUGUGUUGUUUGGUCUAGUUUACAGUUCAGUUCAUCCUCGGAGAUGCUGGUGGAGCUGUGAAUUAUAGGGAUGUUUUAUUAAAAUCACUUGUUCUCUGCUCGCGACACUCCCUUCCGCUGAACCAAGCAACUCACUAGCACAGUGCAGAACGGAUCCAGGUAGCAUGCAAUAAUAAUAUAUCCUGCACACCUGAGACAGUUGGACAUAACUGUUCUGCAUAAAAUACAGCUGGACAUAACUGUGCUUACAGUAUACUACGGAGUGUUCUGUCGUCGACAGAUCAAUUCGAUUGUCUUCAACUGUGCGCUCGUUCCAUGGGUCAGGUAUUUUUCGCACAGCAAACAAGACACAUCAAGAAACAUGGACAGUCCCGGUGGUGGUGUUAUUCUUUAUGCGGGCUCCUCUGGCAGUGCCAGCCCCGGCAGCCCGUCCAGUGGGUACCAGACCGAGUCCCCCCCCUCCUCCCACUCUCAGCCCUCCUCCCCAGAGGAGAUCACCUUCACAGAGCUCAGGCCCCUGGGGUCCCUGAAGGGCCAGAGGGGAGGAAGAUGUACCCCUCCAUCCUCCAAACUGGUGUUCCAGUUCCCAGAAGUCUACAAUGUUGCUACAUCAACAUCCACCCACCAGCACACCUACCAACACCCUAUCGCUGGGACAAGACCAUGUGGAUUCACAGGAACUUUCACCAAGGCUGGUGGGAUGGUGCUCCUGUGCAAAGUGUGUGGAGACAUUGCAUCUGGGUUCCACUACGGAGUGCACGCUUGUGAGGGUUGCAAGGGUUUCUUCCGUCGCAGCAUCCAGCAGAACAUCAACUACAAGAUGUGUGUGAAAAAUGAGAACUGCCUCAUCAUGAGAAUGAACCGCAACCGUUGUCAACACUGUCGCUUCAAGAAAUGCCUCUUCGUCGGCAUGUCCAGAGAUGCUGUGCGUUUUGGCCGUAUCCCUAAGAGGGAGAAGCAGAGGCUUCUGGAGGAGAUGCAAAGCUACAUGAACAGCCUGAAGGAGUCUAACACCACCAUGGACGUUGACUCCUCCCCCAUCUCCGAAGCCCCUCCCAGCCCAGCAGAGGUUCCCUCUAAAGAGGCAAUCAGAGCCAUCUCACGGUCCUAUCAGGACAUCUUCACCAGCAGCCAAGGCAGGGCAGCCAAGACGGGCAUCAACAUCAAUAACAACAAUAACAACCUUCCAACAUCCUGCCCCUUCAAGAGUAACGCAUCUCAGGAGACCUCCCAUGGCUCCUCCCACUCCGGCUCUACCCAGGGGUAUCAGUCCUGUCCUGCAGGCCCCGCCCCUUGCUGCUCAGUAACCAAUGACAACCACCAUACAUUCCCGUCUGUGGACAACAGUUGCUAUAGUUAUCCUGCGACAUCCAAUCAGAAUCAUGGACAGUCCAAUAUCGACACGCCUCAACGGGGCAGCCCGACCAAUCACAACUGUUUCUCCAUUAAGGAAGAGAUCCAAGAGACCCAAACUCAGACUUCCUGUCCAUGGAAGUUAGCAGUGGGCACCAAAGUGCUGGCUUGUCCUCUCAAUGCGUGUCCUGUCUCUGCGGCCAGUCGUUCCGGCCAGCAGGUAUGGGAGUCUUUCUCCCAGUGUUUCACCCCAGCAGUGAGGGAAGUGGUGGAGUUCGCUAAGAGCAUCCCUGGCUUCCAGGAGCUCAGCCAGCACGACCAGGUCAUGCUGCUCAAAUCAGGCACCUUCCAGGUGUUGAUGGUGAGGUACUGCACCCUGUUCAACCCUGAGGAGCGGACGGUGACCUUCCUGAAUGGCCAGACAUACCCUCUGUCCUCCCUCCGGGCGCUGGGGAUGGGGGCGCUGCUCAACUCCAUGUUUGAUUUCAGUGAGAAGCUGGGAACUCUAAGGCUGGAGCCUGAAGAGAUGGCUCUGUUCAUGGCCGUUGUGCUGGUCUCUGCAGACCGUUCAGGCAUCGCUGACAUGGGUGCAGUAGAACAGCUCCAGGAAGGGUUGAUCUGCGCCAUGUGUUCUCUCAUCCACCGCCGUCGUCCUGAAGAGAGCGCUGCCAUAUUCCCCAAGCUGCUCCUGCGCCUGCCUGACCUGCGCACCCUCAACAACCUGCACUCAGACAAGCUGCUGGCCUUCCGCAUUGACCCCUGAACAGCCCUGAACACACACAAACACAUCCACACACACACACACACAGCCAAUCUCAACUUGCCCACCACCACUUUCUAGGGCAGGACUGCCUGGAGACUUUCCAUGAGAAGAACAACGAUGACUUGGGCAAAUCCAAAAAUAUACACUGCUCAAAAAAAUAAAGGGAACACUUAAACAACACAAUGUAACUCCAAGUCAAUCACACUUCUGUGAAAUCAAACUGUCCACUUAGGAAGCAACAGUGAUUGACAAUACAUUUCACAUGCUGUUGUGCAAAUGGAAUAGACACCAGGUGGAAAUUAUAGGCAAUUAGCAAGACACCCCCAAUAAAGGAGUGGUUCUGC